UCAUUAUAGAUGGCCCCACCAUCCACCAUACUGUACCUUACGUAUGCAUACAAUCCUGAUACUUCACUUCACUUCUCACCCAGCAACUCUUAUGCCAAAAAGGGAACAAUCAUUGUCUUUGCCCGGUAAACAACUCCUGACCAAUCCAGCAUGGAGAUAUCAAACCCGCGACGAAUUCUCGCUGUCUCCCUGACCGACUCGGCGCAGCAUCUAAGCGAUGUCAUCAAAGACCUAACAGGCACCCACCCCACGCCAGCGCCAUCAUCGUCAUCAUCAUCGCCAGACCCCUCACCCGCAACAGCCCCAGACUCAGACGCCGCCGACGAUCCCACUCCUUCCCUCGCGGGCACAACCCACCCCUUUGCGCUCUCCACGGCAUAUUACACCGCCUCCAUCCCCAUCUGGCUGGACCUGAUCGCUUCCCCCGCAGAAUGGGCGUCCUCCUUCCUCUCGCCCGAGGCAAAGGAGGUGCUCGACGUGCUGGGGGGCGUGUUGGUCGUUUUUGCGCUCCCGACGCCCGCUCACCCCCCUCCUCCUUUAACUUCGACGUCGCCGACGAAUCUGUCACCAGAUCACCAUGAGCAGAAGCAGGAGCAGGCGGAUGGGGGACAGGAUAAGAAGAAGGCGCAGGUGAGGGAGCUGAUUACACAGGUCGGCAAAGUCGUCAGGGAAGGGCUGGGAGGGUGGGAGUGGGAUGGUGUGGGGUUGGGGGUAGGCGUUAGUAGCAUUGGAAGUAAUGGCGGGUUGGCAGAGGAAGAGGGAGCGGGGGCUCUGGACGAGUGGGAGGAUUUGUGCGCCGAGUGUGGGCUGGAGUUCGUCCACGUCUCGAGAGCGAGUCUGGUGGUAGGGAAAGCGCCAGACGGCGACAAGAGGAACGAGUUUGGCGAGAGGAUGGGCAUGGCCAGGGUCAUAGAGGCGUUGCAGGCGAAUGACUGGUCUGGCGGAGGAUUGGAGGGCGGUGGUGAUGGUGAUGGGGAAGAGGAAGAGGAGGGUCACGAGGGGGAGGGAGGGAAAGGGGGGAAUAACCAACGGCGCGAGGAGAAAGAGGGGGAUGAGGCCGGAUCUGACUUUGAUCCGGAGAGUCUUGAUUUUGGGUUUGAUCGGGAGGACUUUGUUGGGUUGAGGAAGGCUAUCUGGAGUGGAGGUCAGGCUGGUGACGAAGAGGACGAGGAGGUGGGUGAGGAGGAUGUACAGAAGCUGGAGCGGAUGAUGCUGAAGCUGCAAGCCGUGAGGGAUACGAGCGCUGGGCUGCCCGAGGAGCAGCGGCGGAGGAUGGCCGCGCGGGCAGUUGGAGAGGUCAUGAAGGAGCUGUGACGGUGGUAAAAUUGUCUGUCGGCCCUCUUCGGGCUUGACUGACAAUGGAAUAUAUUGCCACAUGCUCGAUUUGGCAAGUGAGA